AUGGAUUCAAGACAACCGUUAGAUAAUUGCAAAUAUUUUUUGCACUGUAAACGUAUAGGUUUCCGCUUAUGGACAGAGAAUGACUUUCAAUUAGCUUUAAAUCUCUGGGGUGAUAUUACUGUUACCGAACUCAUCGGUGGUCCAUUUACCAUUGAAAAAAUACGAGAACGUCUUUCAUAUGAAAUCGAAAAUAUGAAAAUGUACGAUAUUCAAUAUUGGCCGAUAUUUCUUUUGGAAACUGGAGAACACGUUGGAUGUUGUGGUUUUCGCCCAUAUGGUAAAGAGAAGAAUACAAUUGAAAUUGGUUUCCAUAUUCUGCGAAAAUUUUGGAGGCAAGGAUUUGCUUCGGAAGCUGCGGAUACCGCAAUAUCAUAUGCUUUUUCUAAUUUAAAUGUGAGUAAAAUUUUUGCGGGGCAUCAUCCAAGCAAUGUUGCUUCUUGUCAACUUCUCGCGCAACUUCGAUUCCAGUAUACUCAUCAUGAAUAUUAUCUUCCGACUGGUUUACAACAUCCAUCAUACAUACUUAAGAAAGAACAAUACUAUCAAAAAACUAUAUGA